AUGGGGCGGCCGCCUGAGCUGGGCCUCCCUCUGGGCCCAGAGCCCCAGGCAGCUGACUUCUGCUCCACAUACCUUGGCCUGGCGACAGGCAGCAGGCAGCUGCAGCGGGGGCGGGUGGCCGCCCACCCAGAGCAGACGGCCCCAUGGACGGAGAAGGAGUUGCAACCUUCGGAAAAGCAAAUGGUGUCUGGGGCCAAAGACCUGGUGUGUUCCAAGAUGUCCAGGGCCAAGGAUGCCGUCUCCUCCGGGAUGGCCAGCGUGGUGGAUGCGGCUAAGGGAGUGGUCCAGGGAGGCCUGGAUACCACUCGGUCUGCACUCACGGGCACCAAGGAGGUGGUGUCCAGCGGGGUCACGGGGGCUGUGGACAUGGCUAAGGGGGCCGUCCAAGGGGGUCUGGACACCUCGAAGGCUGUCCUCACCGGCACCAAGGACACGGUGUCCGCUGGGCUCACGGGGGCAGUGAAUGUGGCCAAAGGGACUGUACAGGCCGGCGUGGACACCACCAAGACUGUGCUGACCGGCACCAAAGACACAGUGACUACUGGGGUCAUGGGGGCAGUGAACUUGGCCAAAGGGACUGUCCAGACCGGCGUGGACACCUCCAAGGCUGUGCUGACUGGCACCAAAGAUGCUGUGUCCACUGGGCUCACGGGGGCAGUGAAUGUGGCCAGAGGAACCAUUCAGACCGGUGUGGACACUAGUAAGGCUGUCCUAACAGGUACCAAGGACACCGUCUGUAGUGGGGUGACCGGUGCCGUGAACGUGGCCAAAGGAACCAUCCAGACUGGCGUGGACACCACCAAGACUGUGCUAACUGGUACCAAGGACACCGUCUGCAGUGGGGUGACCGGUGCCAUGAACUUGGCCAAGGGGGCCGUCCAGGGGGGCCUGGACACCACCAAGUCUGUGGUCAUGGGUACAAAAGACACAGUGUCCACUGGGUUCAUGGGGGCAGCGAACGUGGCCAAGGGGGCCGUGCAAACUGGGCUGAACACAACCCAAAAUAUCGCAGCAGGUACAAAGGACACUGUCUGUAGUGGGGUAACUGGUGCCAUGAACUUGGCCAGAGGAACCAUCCAGACAGGCAUGGACACCACCAAGUCUGUCCUCACUGGCACUAAAGACGCUGUGUCCACCGGGCUCAUGGGGACAGCGAACGUGGCCAAGGGAGCUGUCCAGACGGGUGUAGACACAGCCAAGACCGUGCUGACCGGCACCAAGGACACAGUGACUACCGGGCUCAUGGGGGCAGUGAAUGUCGCCAAAGGGACCGUCCAGACCGGCGUGGACACCACUAAGACCGUGCUGACCAGCACCAAGAAUACAGUCUGCAGUGGGGUCACCGGUGCCGCGAAUGUGGCCAAAGGGGCCGUCCAGGGGGGCCUGGACACCACCAAGUCUGUCCUGACUGGCACUAAAGACGCUGUGUCCACUGGGCUCACAGGGGCUGUAAACUUGGCCAAAGGGACUGUCCAGACCGGCAUGGACACCACCAAGACUGUCCUAACCGGUACCAAGGACACCGUCUGCAGUGGGGUGACCGGUGCCGUGAAUGUGGCCAAAGGGGCCGUCCAGACUGGCGUGGACACCACCAAGUCUGUCCUGACCGGUACCAAGGACACUGUCUGCAGUGGGGUCACCGGUGCCGUGAACGUGGCCAAGGGGGCUGUGCAAACUGGACUGAAAACGACCGAAAAUAUCGCUACAGGUACAAAGAACACCCUUGGCAGUGGGGUGACUGGUGCCGUGAAUGUGGCGAAAGGGGCUGUCCAGACAGGUGUAGACACAGCCAAGACCGUGCUGACCGGCACUAAGGACACAGUGACUACCGGGCUCAUGGGAGCAGUGAAUGUCGCCAAAGGGACCGUCCAGACUGGCAUGGACACCACCAAGACUGUCCUAACCGGCACCAAGGACACCGUCUGCGGUGGGGUGACCGGUGCCGCGAAUGUGGCCAAAGCGGCCGUCCAGGGGGGCCUGGACACCACCAAGUCUGUCCUGACUGGCACUAAAGACGCUGUGUCCACUGGGCUCACAGGGGCUGCAAACUUGGCCAAAGGGACUGUCCAGACCGGUGUGGACACCACCAAGACUGUCCUAACUGGUACCAAGGACACCGUCUGCAGUGGGGUGACCGGUGCCGUGAAUGUGGCCAAAGGGGCCGUCCAGGGGGGCCUGGACACCACUAAGUCUGUGGUCAUGGGUACGAAAGACACAGUGUCCACCGGGUUCAUGGGGGCAGUGAAUGUCGCCAAAGGGACUGUCCAGACCGGGGUGGACACCACCAAGACCGUGCUGACCAGCACUAAGAAUACAGUCUGCAGUGGGGUGACUGGUGCCGCGAAUGUGGCCAAAGGGGCCGUCCAGGGGGGCCUGGACACCACCAAGUCUGUCCUGACUGGCACUAAGGACGCUGUGUCCACUGGGCUCACAGGCGCUGUGAACUUGGCCAAGGGGACUGUCCAGACCGGCGUGGACACCACCAAGACUGUCCUAACCAGUACCAAGGACACUGUCUGCAGUGGAGUCACUGGUGCUGUGAAUGUGGCCAAAGGGACCGUUCAGACAGGUGUGGACACAGCCAAGACAGUGCUGAGUGGCACUAAGGACACAGUGACUACUGGAGUCAUGGGGGCAGUGAAUGUCGCCAAAGGAACCAUGCAGACUGGCGUGGACACCUCCAAGGCUGUGCUAACGGGUACCAAGGACACCGUCUGCAGUGGGGUGACCGGUGCCAUGAGCAUGGCCAAAGGGGCCGUCCAGGGGGGCCUGGACACCACCAAGGGAGUGCUGACCGGAACCAAAGAUGCAGCGUCUGCUGGGCUCAUGGGGUCAGGGAACGUGGCAACAGAGGCCAUCCACACUGGCCUCAGCACCUUCCAGAAUUGGUUACCUAGUACCCAGGCCACCUCCUGGGGUGGACGCACCAGUUCCAGGACCACAGACAAUGGUGGGGAGCAGACUGCCCUGAGCCCCCGAGAGGCCCCGUUCGCUGGUGUCUCCAGGCCCCCAGAGAUGCUCAGCGUAGGCCCGGAGCCUGUCUGGGAAGCUGCAGCCACAACCAAGAGCCUUGCGACUGACGUGGCCACGUUCACCCAAGGGGCCGCCCUGGGCAGGGAGGACACAAGGCCUUUGGCCACCACACACAGCCCCGAAGAAGCCCCACGCUUGGCGAUGCUGCAGAAUGAGUUGGAGGGACUGGGGGACAUCUUCCACCCCAUGAAUGCAGAGGAGCAAGCUCAGCUGGCUGCCUCCCAGCCCGGGCCGAAGGUGCUGUCGGCGGAGCAGGGGAGCUACUUCGUUCGUUUAGGUGACCUGGGUCCCAGCUUCCGUCAGCGGGCAUUUGAACACGCGGUGAGCCACCUGCAGCACGGCCAGUUCCAAGCCAGAGACACUCUGGCCCAGCUCCAGGAUUGCUUAAAGCUGCAGCUGCUGGAGGGCCUACAGCACAACCCCCCGCUCAGCUGGCUGGUAGGGCCCUUCGCCUUGCCCCCCGGCGGGCAGCAGCUGUAG